AACCUCGGAACAGCACUUACGUACUUGUUAUUAUUUUCUUCCCCAUCUCGUGACAACGCGGAUUGUAGCAAUUUAUAUUUGGUCGAACUAAAAUUGCUCGUAAGUCCAAGUUAAUGUAAAUUAUCUCCCAAUUUACCCUUUAUUCAUAAAUAAAUACUUUCUCCAUCAUGUCGACUGCAAACAGCAUUACUGGAAGAAGAGAUAUUCCGAAAACGCGUACAGUGCGAUUAAAUGACCCAUCAGAGAUGCCAAACGAUUAUGGCACCACGCCUGGUGGGACCUUGUUUGCCACAACACCAGGAGGAACACGCAUCAUUUAUGAAAGAAACUUCUUGAUGCAAAUGCGUAAUUCACCAUUAGCUCAAACACCACCAAAGAAUCUACCAUUAAUUGAAGGGGUGACAACUACUGGAAAUACGGAAGACGGGUGUAAACAAAAAUCCUCUAAACCACAACCGCCAAAGGAGGUUGUCAGUAAUGAUGAACCUCAAUUUGAGAUGGAUAUUUGAAGUAAGUGGCUUCGUAAAGCAUGUCCCCAUGCAACAUAAGCAUCACUGCAGACUGAAAAUAGACUUGAAGCAGCAUCAUUGAUUCAGCAUCAGUGCAAUAACAGUAGUCUGGGGAGAAAAGCCUAAUGUGUCUCUCUGAACUCUAGGGAGUAAAUCACUACUGGUAAUAAUUGGCAAAUUUCGGCCAAUUUAAAAUAUUAAAAUAUCACAGAUACCACCACCACAACUCUCUUUACCUUGUUAGUCUUUAAACAACAGACUGAAUAAUUACAUAUUAUUCCAGUGAGGGAUUUUACUUACAAAGUAAUGGACACUCUUAAUCUAUAAAAAUGAUUAUUACAUAAUAUUUUUUAGAUAUUUAAUUAGGGGAAGGAAUGUUCUGUUUACUACAAUAAAUAAGUAAAUGACAGAUGACACAAAAUCUGUAAACAAAUAAUUUCAGGCAAGAAUUUUAAAUAAUCCAACAAUAUGGAAACUAUAUUAUUUUUUGUUAAUUAUAAAAACAAUAUAUGUGUGUGAUCUGAAAUGUCAAGUUAUUGCUUAUAAAAUCCUUCAGUUAUCUUUCCUAAAAUAUUUUCCUAACUUGAUGACUACAAUUUAUAACUUAUGGCAUCCUGAGUGUCUAUUAAAUAUGCAAAUAUAAUUUACCUAUGAUUUACAUAAUUAAAAUUUGCAUUGCACCUCUCUUCCUAGUGGUAAUGACAAAAGUAGCUUUAAAAUGUAAAAAAAAAUAUAGAUCUCAACAGAACUGCUAUACAUCUUAUAACACUUGUUCCAUUAAUUUGCUGCAUAUAAAUUUAAUGCACUAUCCAUGUAAUAAUGUGUGGUAUGAACUGAUGGGAAACUCACAUGCUUCUCAUAUUUGUCAAAACUGCUUCACAUGACCAAAGCUGAAUUACAAUUCUCCCUGCUUAUAGCAAUUAUUCCAUCAGUAAUUUGACAAUUAUAUAUAAAGCCUUGUAAUUUCUAAAGAGGUAUUAUACAUAUAGUAUAUGCUUGAUCUUUACUAGCUCUGUUAAUACUUCCAUGCCUUAUAAAACUGCAAUAUUUUUUUUUUCUUUUCAUGUAAUAAAUCAAAAUAGAUUAUAACUUAUAAUUACCAGUUUUCUGUUGAUCUCUGAUAAAAUUAUUUUCCCUGAAUGUCAAUACUGUCAUUUAGGACAGUUUUCACUACAGAAGUUAUGGUUACAAAUUAAUUUAACCAUUCAGUAAUGGAAAUGUUGUAAUUAAUUCUAAACUAUCUUUGAAAUAAAUAUAUUUUCUUUGAUCUUAUACUUGUAAUGCAUGUUGCUUCUAGAAAAUUGUUUACACAGUUCAAAGGUAAAGUGCUCUAAUCACAGUCAAAGUUUAAACCUAUUUUUUGCUGUUGUAUGAACUACGUUCACUAUCUACAUUCGAACACGGUAAAGCUAUAGUGUAUUAAGCAUACACUUUCAGAUACUAUAAGCCAGUACAUUAUUGUAGAGGCAAAGGAACAUGUUUUUAAAACCCAGGGUAACAAAAAAUCUUCUAUUGUAUUUUAAUGGUGCUACAAAAAUACUCAAUUUUCAGCUAUCAUACAAUUUUUUAACCUAUCUAAUGUUUUUUAUGGACAAAUGUAGUGGUGGCAUCAGGAGUUGCAUGACAGGAAGCCAAGCUGUCUGACGACAGGUGGAAUCAGUCUCACAAAUUCCAUUGGUGAACAGCAGGGUUGAGCUGUUAUGGGAACCCCCAUGGAGCCUAGAAAAGAACUAGGAAAUUUUGGCCUUUUUUCGAAGGCAUCGGACAUGGCAAAGAGCCCAAAGAAUUUUCAAUUGUGACAGAAAGAUCUUAGCCAAUCUGUUGAGGCCCACGACCCCUGGUGCCACCACUGAUUAUAUGUGUACAAAAAAACAAUAGCAAAAGUGAUUAUUUUUUGGUAUGGUCCAUGAAGAAUGGAAGAUUAAUUGCUGUACUGUACAUGGUAAUAAAUACAACAUGUUUAACCAGUUUCACAAAUGGUAGAUUUUUUUACUGAAUUGAGCAAAUUUUUAAUUUUUAAAUCUUAACAAAUUAUGUAUUCAUCUUUUUAAUUAUGCAAGUUUCUUAAGGUUUCUAGAGUUGACUUUACAACUUUCAGCCCCUUUUCCACAUCUGAAAAUAGUAUUUAUGCUCCAUGUUGGUUCAGCCAAACACAUGUAUCCGUUACUGCUUUAAGCAAAGCAUUUCCCCACGUGCUUUCCAUAGCAUUCUCUAGUACAUAAUUUGGGGUGUGCUCAAGAGACCAUAUAGAACUUAAAUACCUCAGUAGAUUAGAUUUCUCAAGUAUUACUGAAUUUUAAGCCAGAAAUAUUAACUCCAGCUUACUAUUUGAACAGUAAUCACCUGAAUUUUGCUAUGCAAAAUUUCAGAUCUAUGAAUUAAAGGUUUUAAUUUGUAUAUGUUUGAAAUAAGAUAUACCUUAGCUGGUGUAUGGAAAAUAUAAUCUGGUUUUGAAGAUCAAGAAUUAAUUCCUGACUAAUGAACUUGUUAUUUAAUAAUUAAAUUAUACACAUCUCUUCAAGUCAUGGUAAUCAGGGCUUUUAAGUAAAUGUAAAAUCAGAAUGUUUGUACUGUACUAUGUCUUAUUUCAAACUCUGGUAAUACAAUAGUUUAUGAAGGAAUAGGCAAGUUGGUUAUAACAAUAAUGAUGACAGAAUGCAACAACAUAUUUUUAAGGUGUUACUUGUGCUUUGUUUGUCUUUGUUGUGUGCUGAAAUGGUUACAGACAAACAAAAACGGAAAACUAAAUGAAAAAGAAUGAUUUUAAUAAUGUACAAAUUAUGCUUUAAUUCACCUUUAUUAUGGAUGAUUACUUUUAAUGCUUUUAACAUAUUUUUUUAUUAUAUAUUUCUAUUAACUUUUUCCUUGUUUUAUAAUGUCUGCAUUAUUUUGAGAAUAUUUUUUUUCAAAACCUUUGAUGUCACUUCAGAACCAGACAUUAUUGGUUAAGUUCUGUAAGUUGAGUAAUUUAAUAGUGUGUUAUUUUAAGCCAAUCUUAAGAAUUGAUUGACUCAUUACAAUCUUAAUGCUGUACAAAAAUUGUAACUUCCUGCCAACAUCUGUUGGAAGUGUUUCAGAAAUUCUUUAUAUUCCAUUAAUCUCACUGCCAAAAAUAAUAAUUUAGCUUUUUUUUCUGUUUAUCUCUUUUAUUAUUUUUAAAAAUUUUUUAUGCCAUUCUUUUUCAGGUUCUGUAAUGGGCAAGACAUCAAUGCAUAUUCAUGUGUUAAGAAUAAUAAUGCUUAAUGAGAUAAAUUAUUUGGUUGUUUUGUUAAAAGCAGUAAGGAAUUGUUAACUUUCGGCUUACAUAAAAAGUGGAAAGUUAUUUAUCUUAAUAUUAAUGAUGUCAGAUGGCUUUUGAACUCUACAUGCUCUGGGAUAACAUGUGGGGGUAGAAACUGGUAUGAUUUAUUCUUAUACUGUAUAUGAAUUAUAACUAGGCCAAAAAAAAAUGUUUGCCCCCCCCCCAUCUGCCCCUAACUCACUGAAAAAAUAGGGGCGGAAAAACAAAAAAACUUUUUCUUUACAAAUUAAAAGUAUGUGAGCGUAUUUAUCUAUAUUUUUUGCCACAUGCCCUAAAGUCUGAAGUAGUUGUCUGAUGUAAAAUAUUACCAUUCUAGGCCUCUGUGUGUUAUUUUUAUUCCAUCUGAUGAGUAUCUUUGGGAAAAAAAAAAAAAAAAAACUUUUUCCACCCACCCCUUUUUAUCAUUAAAAAAAGAAGGGCAAAUAAACUAUUUUUUUAGGCCAUAGUAUGUUCAUUACUAAAAUCCUGGAUUAGAUGAGCGCCCUCUAGUUUGAAAUGAGUACAUAAUAUGACAUCUCCUUGCUCACAUGAAAUCAUCUUUUCUUGCUCAGCAGACUGAAAUAUUGAUGAGCAAAAAAUAAAGUCUAGAACACUUUGAAA